AUGGCCGAUCCGGGACGUCUCCUUUUCAGUCCGGCCGCUCUCGGGAUUCGUAUCCGGUUCGGCCCUUCUCAACGAGACACGGAGUGGAAACAUUUGACACUCGGCCUGUUUCCCCAUCCCACCGGACCCACAGUUCACUUUCUACGUCUCACUCCGCAAAUUACCUUGGAACACGAAUGGGGCAUGACGCUCUUUUACACUCUUUUCGAACCCACAACCAGAACUUUCCUAGUUGGGAACUCCGGACUAGUCCCGCGGAAUCCCAAACAUCACGACUUGGUCGAUUGCCGCCUGUUGCGCAUGGGACCGUCCGCUUUCCUACCCUCGGGAUCGCACCCCGCCCGCCUACGCCCCUCCAGUCUCGAGCUACCAGGAGGCGAAUGGAAGGGGAAGGAAUAUGCGGGACGUGGCUCUCCGUAA